AUGCAGCGACGUUCUAAUUCUGGAUCGCACUCUGUCAGCCGAGUUGCACUUUGCAAAUCACCCACUGCUGGUUUUACUCGGCAUUUGUCGUCCUCGUUCCCCGAGGAUACGCAGCGAGAGGACGAAAUCCAAGCAACAGCUCGCACACAGCAUGGGGACGGACAGUCUUACGUAAGCGUAGAAGGUAUCCUGGCGCGUCAAGGGACAUCUCGUCCGGUCCGCGCCCUCGCUCGCCGCUCUGACCUCAUCGCUGAAGGCGUUUUGUACUGGAUCGAUUGCUGGCCCUACACAGCGGCUCGCGCUACAUCAUCAACGGCCCGCAUAUGCUCUUUGGUAGAGCUAUGGGUUCGAGAUGACGCCUACCAAGCCCGUUCCUUCCAUGUCUGCUCCAUUCAUUAG